CAAUAACCUAGCCAUGUGUUUCUCAAAUCACGCAUCUACAAACUUUUGCACUGAUGUUGUGGAGCCGCGGAGGGAACAUUUUCCACCCUGAUGAGUGUUUACAGAUCUCAAGACGUGCAGUAUCUUGUCAAGUUCUUCACCAAUUAAAGUGUGGCCGAGGCUCUGGACCGCUCGAUUAACGAGGACCAAAGCCGAGGAAGUAGGAGGGAAGUGGUUCAAGGGCUGAAAGCUGCCAUCAAAAACAAAACCCUAAACGCAGACCUGGCUGCCCCCAUGCCUAUCGAAUUUGUUUGCAAAAUCAAAUUUGCAGAGGAGGAUGAGAAGCAGAAAAACAAACAGGAUGGGGACAAGGAAAGCCUGAUCGAGGAGAGCUGCACACCUCCGGUUAAGGACUUGGCCGGGUUUGCCAACUCCAGCUCUCUCCAUGGGAUUAAUCACAUCUUUGUCUCUGGUCGCCUGGGCAUCCGGCAGACUCUCUGGGCUCUCGCCUUUUUGACUUCCCUGGCGCUUUUUCUAUACCAAGCGGCCAAGUGUGCCAUCUCUUACCUGGAGCACCCUCACGUCACGUCUCUGAAUGAAGAGGCGACCCCGGAGAUGGUUUUCCCCGCUGUGACCAUCUGCAACAUCAACCGCUUUCGCUUCUCCGCGCUCACUGACGCCGACAUCUACCACCUGGCUAACUUGACUGGGCUGCCCCCCAAAAACAAGGAUGGCCACAAACCCCAUGAUUUAAUGUAUCCUGCCCCUGACAUGCAGGACAUCUUCAACAGGACAGGACAUCAGCUGGAAGAGAUGCUCAAGAGCUGCAACUUCAGUGGACAGAACUGCUCAGUGGAGGACUUCUCUGUGGUGUACACCAGAUAUGGGAAAUGCUACACAUUUAAUGGCAACAGGACGACAUCCAGGAAAAGCAAGCAGGGAGGAAUGGGAAAUGGGUUGGAGAUCAUGUUGGAUAUCCAGCAGGAUGAGUAUCUGCCCAUCUGGAGAGAAACAAAUGAGACAUCCCUGGAGGCUGGCAUCCGGGUUCAGAUCCACAGUCAGGACGAGCCCCCCUACAUCCACCAGCUGGGUUUCGGCGUCUCUCCGGGCUUCCAGACCUUUGUUUCAUGUCAGGAGCAGAGGCUGACCUACCUGCCCCAACCCUGGGGGAACUGCCGCUCCACCAGCAAAGAGAAGUUCCCGGGAUACGACACGUACAGCAUCAGCGCCUGCCGCCUGCUCUGCGAGACCAACGAGGUGCUGCGAGUGUGCGGCUGCAGGAUGGUGCAUAUGCCUGGAACUGCGGAUAUCUGCCCUCCCAGUAAAAUCAACUGUGUUGACAAAGCACUCGCACAGCUACAGAAGAACACUGGGGAUACCUGUCCAUGCGAGACGCCUUGUAAUCUCACGCGCUACGGUAAAGAGCUCUCCAUGGUCAAAAUCCCCAGCAAGGGCUCUGCUCGCUAUCUCUCCAGGAAAUACGACAAGUCAGAGGAAUACAUCAGAGACAACUUCUUGGUCUUAGAUAUCUUCUUUGAAGCUCUGAACUAUGAAACAAUUGAGCAAAAGAAAGCCUACGAUGUUGCCGGUUUAUUAGGGGACAUUGGUGGACAGAUGGGUUUAUUCAUUGGAGCCAGCAUCCUUUCAAUCCUAGAAAUACUGGAUUACAUCUAUGAGGUGAUCAAGCAACGGCUACAACGUCUGCUGAGGCCGCAGAAAGAGCAGAAGAAGAGCAAGCAGCAGCCCAGUACUGUUGCAACAGUGGGCCUCGAGGAUGUGAAAGCAAAGCAGGAGCCCAAUGACAUGCCACGGAGUCACCCGGAGGGGGCGUACGCCAACACCAUCCUCCCCAACCACCACCAUCCGCACCCUCACCACCAUCGCCCCGGGCACCACGGGGUGUUUGAGGACUUCGCCUGCUAGAGCCAACCAACGUCCCCUGUCCUGGUGACACCAAAAGAUAAAAGCCGUCUGUGUUCAGAUCAAUUACAGAGCCUUGGCAUUUCUGUCGCUCCUUUGCUGUCACCAGUAAAAAGCUACAGCCAAAGUCGAACACCAAACUCGUGCUGCUAACAGAGCACUUGUACGUACAGUAUGUAGGCACAAAUUGGACACCGCUUUUAAUUUUUCUCUCUGGACGGGACCCCUCAUCUUCGUCCAGCUUCACGCGACAUGUCUUUGUGUUUGCAGGUCUGGUUUUCGGUACAUGAUCACAUCAAUGGAACGUCAGGAGGACUGCAUGUCAACUUGAUCCAGUUUAUACUCCAACUAUUAUUUAUCCGGCUAGCACCUCAGAUUUAUUUUGUUUGUAUCCUCUCCUCCUGCUUUUCCUUCAUGGAAAACACUCUGUACCAUGACAAGCCGUUACACAUGAAGUAAUUAUUUAAAGAGAUAUUAUUAUCUACUGUAUAUGUUCUAUAUUGUAUACAAGAUGAGAAUACUUACAUUAAUCUUAUUCAUGUUAAAUCCAUCAGAGAUACGAGGGGGGUUAUUUAGGCUGAACUGUAUGACCUUGGCAUAGAAGAUCUAGCAGCAUCGUCCCACCUGAUACACUCCGUCUGCUCUGUGGUGAAGGUGUUAGAGAGUAGCAUUGUACCUGUACAUACAACUUUAAAAAGGAGAAAGUUCUAAAGUUCUGUUAAAUGGUUGUUGUUUAUCUUCAGUUAAUAUAUAACUUAUGUAAUAUGAAUUUGAGUUAUUUAUACAUUUUAGAGAAGACUUUUAUACGACAAUAACGAUCACGAUUGUAGCAUUUACUGUACACUUUACGAUCUGCAGAUAUGUCAGACUGCCAAACAUCAAUACAUGUAUCCAGUUGACACACAUGGACUGUAUGGAAUGUGAAUAUUAUCUUUUCCUUUUAUAUUUAUGCUUUUGUCCACUCACACUCAAAACCUGGAUGAGAGGUGAAUGAUGUUUUCAGUUAUGCCAUGGUUGUACUUCUUCUUAUUCAAAUCAUUUAUGCCCACCAUCCACUUUGGUUAGCGUCAUAACUUUAAGCUGACAUAAGCAAUAAGAAACAGAAUUUUAUUUUUUGCCGAGUCAUCUCCGUCAGCUUGUGAGCCAGUACCACUGUAAAAGUGUAGCAGCUAUUUACAGUUCAAACCCUGUGUGUGUGUGUGUGUGUGUGUGUGUGUGUGUGUGUGUGUGUGUGUGUGUGUGUGUGUGUGUGUGUGUGUGUGUGUGUGUGUGUGUGUGUGUGUGUGUGUGUGUGUGUGUGUGUGUGUGUGUGUGUGUGUGUGUGUGUGUGUGUGUGUGUGUGUUUGCAUGUACACUUUAACAUUUUGAACACAUGACUGAGCACAUAAAGCUGAGCUUAUCCGUGGGGAAAAAAAUAAAAAUUGGAAUAGUUAGAAAGAAAGCAGGGAGUUUUAUUGCAGUGUUGCAGUUUUUAUCGAUUAAAUGUAGAGUUAGGAUGGCUCAGAGUUUAAUUUUAAAAAUUGCUCUGGAUUGCUGAAAUAUUCUUACUGGGAAGCUUAAUCCUCAACAGGUGGGACAAAGACACAAAGAGCACAAGAUGGGGAGUGGGAAUGAAAAAUAAAAAGAGACUUAUAUCUAUUUAUCCAUAAUAAUGUUUGUCUGCAUCAUGGAAUGUCAGCUUGCUGUCUUAUCCUUAUGCACUGCAGGAACUUAACAACCUGUAACAUCUGGAUUCAUAUAAUCUGGAUUUAAAAUAAUGUGUUAGCCUUCUUUCUUGGGUUAAACUUUAUAAAUGUAUACGUAUUACACUGUAACAGUGAUACUAACCUCCCCAUAGAAGUAGGACAACAAUGGAAAUACUUGUGCAGAUAUUGAUUUUUUUGCUCAUCUAUGCUCGCUCCAGGGCACUGCUGCUGAUGGUGGAGAGGAAGGGGGUCCAGCUCUUUGAACCAAAUUUUAGUUUUUCAGCUGUUUGAUCUUUUCACUUUUUUUCCGCACUGUCGUCUCUUCGUCUUCUCGUGGUUUUAAUGGUUCCUUUACCCAGACGUCUUUGUUUGAAUUUCAUCCUUUUCUACUUCAUUUUUUUUUUUUUGGGGGGGGGGGGGUUUCCUGCUCAAUAUACAUACAGUAGUAAAAUGGCAGUUUCUGUUGUUAUGUUUGUUGUAGUCGUUUUUGUUGUGACGUUGAUGACACCUGCUUGGCUGAUCACUGUCGCUAAAUCCAGAAAGUACUGGAAUUUGCAUUUCUUAUCUCCUCCUGCUCCAGGCAGGCAAGGAGGCACACAGGGACCAGGAGCUAUUCCAUAGGAAAUAAAAACAUUGUAUUUGAAAUAAAUACAGCGUUGACAAUUGACUUACAAAACAUUUGGCACAAAUGUAAGGCUCUUGAACAGUGCAUUGUGCCCUCACAAGACCUUUAAUUGCUCCUGCUACCCCAGCCCAAUGUCAUUAGGGGCUAGUGGUUGAUGACAUUAAAGUAAUGACAGAGGCUACAUGUUAAGUUCCUGCAGUAGAAACAGCUUUCGAUCUAAUAACCUACGGCUAGUACUUGUUUUUUUAAGAAUAGGCACACCUGUGUCAGCUUUUGCAAAUAAUAGUUUAGCUUUGUUUUCCUCUUUGAUGAAAGAAGCAUUUAGAAAUGACAUCAUGCAAGACAUGCAGCAAUUGUUUUAAUUAACUCUGAUGCACAGAAUAGUAGACGCUUUGUUUUAUUAGUGUGUCGUAAUUCAGCUUUCAUUUAUAUAUUUGAGAAUACCCAUUCUGUUGAAACACAGGAAAUGAUGUGCUGCAUUACUAGACAAUUGUUUUUGUCUGGGAGGAGAUGCUGAUCAUGUUUCCCUCUUGGCAACUUUUUUUCUAUCAUGCAUCAGUUUUGGCUUCAAAUCCGGCAUUUCAUCCGGUUUUACCGCUAUUUGUGAACAAAUUGUGUUGAGCUAAGUAUGACUGAAAGCUUAACACUAAACUGCACAAAUCUAGCCUGCUUAAAAUGUUGACAGGCCUUUGACAAUCCACUCAAUCCAUAACAAUUGUCUGGCAAUGUAUGAAAUACUUAACAUCACGGAAAAUCAUGUUAACAAAUGUCGACAUCAUUUUUCUGUUAAUCCUAUCCGUGUUUUUGGUUGCUACAAUGUUGCUAUUCACCACUUUAGCUUACAAUGCGAUUCCACAGUCCUCCAUCUGUCAAAUCCCCUCCUCCUGUCAAGUAAUCAUGGGCUAUACAUGGCUGUUUAAUAUUCAUAAUCAUGUGUCACUUUGACAUUUUCAAAAGGUUCCCAAUCACAGUCUCUGAUGGCAUCCUGUACAGGCUAUGCAUAACAAUCUUCUCCUCUGUCAUCAAUAAUUGUAGCUAUCCUCAGACAAGUCACACAGGAGGAGGAGGGGGGGGGGGUGUUGAGAUGAAUACUAGUCUGCAUUAUUACUGAACAGUUUUGUUUCAAUGGUCGAGCCUGGGGUCCAUGUAGAAAGCUUUUCUAUCCUCCAGAUGCUAAGCGUCUAAACACAACCUGAUUCAUUCUGUAUACAAAGGCAUUAGGAGAAAACCCAGAGGUUGAUCACAAAGAGUAGAUUUUACAGCAGUCUGAGAGAGGUGCCACAGGACUGAGCGUGGGCGGUGGGUACUGUAGCAGAUGGGACAACUCUCCUGCUUGAUAACAUGUAGCUCGCAUUCCUGGGAUUCCUCAGGGCUCUAGUCUUAGCUCCCAUACACUGAACUCUUUGGGCCUACCUUUUUAUAGCUCCAUGACAUUCAGUCACAUGCGCUCAUUACAUUACCCGUAAAUAUCAAUCUGAUCCGAGCAGCCACCGAUGUUAACGUUUGAAGAUCUGCUGUUAUGUCUUUCGUUUUUCAGCCGCUUAUUUUUUGAGCCGAGAGGUCAUCUGAGAAGAGAGGAAAGUCUGAGUGCAGGGUGACACAAGCAGCUGUCAGGAAUUCCUGAGGAAUGCCAUCCCAUAUCUGACAGACAAGGAAAUGGACCAUCACUGCAGUGACAAGGAACGCUGACAUUUUGUACAGAUGUGUGAUCUUGUGAUUAUUUUCUCUGUUAGAACACAUUUUAUAAAUGUUAAA